GAGAGCGAAGUUGCUGCAUCUUUUUAGGAAGCUACAUGCUUUUCUUUCGACACCCAAAAGGUCGCAUGGUGUCAGGGACGCGCCUAGUCACGGGAACAGUCCGGAGCGCGUUCACGAGGUGCAAGAUCGCGCUUUCUACAGUGAAGAGUAUCUUAACAGCGUGUGCGGGGAUCCAGCCUAAUGGUUUACAUUGGGUCACAGCGACCAGUCAAUGAUUUGAGCCGGGUGAUAUUUAGUGUUUUUUUUUUCCUCUCGUCUGGCGUUUUUAUUUUUGCAAAGCUUUUUAUUUUUUCUCUUCUAUUUUGCACGGCAAGAAACUGACAUCGCAAACUCAUCUGUAUGAGAGGGGAGCAGGAGCACACAGUAUGGUCCGGGAAACCAGACAUUUAUGGGUGGGAAAUUUACCCGAAAAUGUGCGAGAGGAGAAAAUCAUUGAGCACUUCAAGCGAUAUGGCCGCGUGGAGAGUGUCAAGGUCCUGCCCAAGCGGGGUUCAGAAGGUGGAGUCGCAGCCUUUGUGGAUUUUGUGGACAUUAAAAGUGCUCAGAAGGCUCAUAAUGCUAUCAACAAGAUGGGGGACAGAGACCUGCGCACUGAUUACAAUGAACCGGGCACAAUUCCUACUGCAGCGAGGGGGCUGGACGAUAGUCUGUCCUUAGGCUCUCGUGGCCGGGAUGUAUCAGGGUUCACAAGGGCGGCAGGGGGGACCGUGUAUGGGCCCCCCACGUCGCUCCACAGCAGAGAUGGACGCUAUGAACGCAGACUAGACGGGUAAGUGGACAAAGUUUCUCUGAAGACAGGGGGAAACCGUGGUUUCUUACACCUUACCUCCAAGCAUCUUCCCACCAUCUAUUCAUUUACUUGUUUGGGGCGGGGGAGGGGCGUUCUCAGGUCCACACGGAUAUAUUCCAUGAGUGAUGAAAGCAUGAUUAUACACAAGUGCAUCAGUUACUUUAAGGAAUAGCCAAUAGUUUAUUCCGUCGGGGAUUAUCUUUGUGAUCUUAAAACAUCUCUGUGAGCGAGAAAGUACAGGGCAAAAGAUUGGAUAUGGUAAAAUUUCCCAGGAUUAUAGGAGAUUACUGGAGGGGGGUGGGGGGGUCAGAAAAAGAGAGAGUGGUCCAGCAGCCAUCCCUGGGAUUCCCCUAAUCUGGAGUUACGCGCCCUGCUCGUGGAUUAAUGUCACUCUGUUUCCUCAUGUAACAAAACAACCAAGAGCACGCGCUAUAUGUAAAAACAACCCCCCCCCCCAAAAAAAAACCCCACCAUUGUUUGGAUUAGUCCAAUUUGGUUUUCGAUUAUCGUUCACGCCUCACGGAGGUGUUCACUUCUCUUGUGGGCUGGAGUCACGAGGAUAACCCACACAGGAUAUGUAUCCCUCUCUGUUGGAUUAACGCUGGCCAGACACUUUAAGGAUUUCAUGCUAAAGGUACGGGUUGCUUUCUUGGUUCUCUUGGUUUUUUUGUUUUGUUUUAUUUGGGAUCAUAUCUAAAAUCAGGGCAUUACAAUUUGAGUGCUGGGAGACCUCCACUGGUGAUCCAACUAAGACAACAAAAACAGUGAGCAAAGUACUUUUUUUUCCUUUUUUUUUUUUCUUUUUUGUUCUUGCGUCAUUUUUGUGGAGAUUAUUCUUUACCUUGUCGACGACCGAGACUUCCAGAUCUAAUGAGGACCAACACGGACUAAUGUUUGGAUCGUACAAUUCAAAGAAGAAUGCUGGAAAUUGGGACUGAAAAGUAGCCGCUGGAGAUAACCGGCCUCUCGUCUGUGGAUUACCCAGAUUAUCCACUCCUUUCUUGAACGUGGAACUAUAAUUUAAACACGGAUACAAAAACGCACACAAAAUCGGUGAACAAAGUUGCGCCAAUCGACGGCAUUUCCCCACUGACUUGGGCUCCGGUUUGGACUGCAUGGAGGCUCUUCCACUUGUAACGCAGAUGGACGACAGACUCGAACAUCCACGAGCUUCAGAACUGUUAUGAAUGUUCUCCGCCCUGGGAAUGAAUACAGUGCUCCUACGAACAAUAAUCUGGAUUACCGUUAAGAGACGUGUUCUUCAAUCUUAAUCUGUCACGGGCAGAUUUCUCCUGUGCACUGGAAUGCCCAAGACUUCACAAACUGAAGAUGUAAGACUCCCCCCC